AUGGGGGAGGGUCCCCGGUCGGAUGACACCAAGACAGAUGGCCUUGCCCUGGGAUUUGUCGACGAACCGACCAUGGUGUUUUACGGCGACUCAUCCAGCAUUGCGUUCACGCGUUGUCUUCUAGAGGCCAUGUCCCUGGAUUUGACCGCCAAGGGGACCGAGACGACGUCCCCGUGCAACGAAAAUGGGUCUGUUGAGUGCAACGCGGCGCCGAUGUCUCAAAAGGAGUCAGUCACGGUGCAAUUCCGUUAG